UGCAGCUGAAGCCCGCGUGGCCAAAGGGCUACAUGAGAGUUCUCAAGCCGAGACUGCGCUGCAAGUGUUUGACGCUGCUGUCGCUGCCGCCAAAAGGGGUCUGUAAUAGCGCCAGGAAAUGAGGAUCUCUCGUCUUGUUUGUUAACCGCCGAAAGAGGUCUGGCUGCUAAAACGAAAGUGAUCAAGUGCAAGCCAGAGACGUUGGAGUGCUGGGGUCGCGUCAUGUUCAAGGGCGCUGUGCGCGUGGUGGAUCCAGAAGGCGGAGGCGAUUUUGUGUCGUUGGCAGACGCCAUAAGUCAAUCACAGCGUCGACCGCCCGGGAACGCCGACGGUUGGACCCUCAUCUUACGUCCGGCCACGUAUGAGAUUUCAGCUGAACUCUGUGGAGACGUGAGCCUUCAGCUUCUAGGCGAACGCUCGAGUGUUCUCUCAGAAAACGACUCAAAACGGAAUGAGCCGGCGGUGAAGCUGCGGUGUGAGCCCACCACACUGACGCAGGGCGAGUUUCCGCCAGAUAGUGUAGUUUUGUCGGCCAAGGGUGAUGGUUCGGCUCUUUUCUUGGAAGAUAUGAGCCUUUCUUUGGCAAAGGAGUCCUCGGCCAUGGCUAAUUGCUUGCGGAGCACUGAAGGCGCCUCCGUGACGGCCACCGGCUGCGUCUUCCACUCGCACAACUCCCCUGCUGUUGGCGUCUGGCAGUCUAUGUCACGAUGCACCCUCCAGAGCUGUAUCUUCCAGCCCCAAACGUCCGCCGCCGUGCUCGUGGGCGGAGACACUUCGAGCCUCGUGAUGAAGAAAUGCAGGGUCAAGAGGUGUGUCAUGGCCGCCAUCGAGGUUAGAGGCCGCGACUGCACCGCCCGGCUCACCGACUGCAGCUUCACCCACUGUCAGAGUCAGGCUGUUGUGGGAUAUGGCUCCGCGAACCUUUUGGAGAUGGUGCGGUGCGAGGUCACAAGCUCGGGCAGGUUUGGGACGCAUUCGUGCCUCCUCCUUGCCAACCGAGCCACGAUGCUACGCGACUGCAAGUUUGACCACAACCGCUCGGACGUGGUCGUUAUGCAGGGCUCCGCCGAGUCGGACCAUUCGGCGUUCCUGUCGAUGGAUGGGUGUGCGGUCACAAGGAACAGCGGAACCGGGGUGAUCUUUGGGAUGAGUCCCUGUCACGGCAUCCUGUCGCGAAACGUCAUCUCCGACAGCUCAGGUUCCGGUAUCAAUUGCUUGGCUGUUGCGGUGGGGAAGAAGGUCACACUCCGUGACAAUCGGAUAGAAAGGAACGGGCCCGGUCAUGGGUUCGAUGUGAUUACUGUGAAAGGGUUGGAGGAAAGGGUUGUCAUGAUGGGAGUCAAUAAUGUGCCUGAGAGACCAACAACCCUUCAACUUCCCGCCAGUUUGUUGAGGCAAUAUCAAUCGUGCACGUCAGUCGAGAUGUCAUAGCGUAAGGGGUUGCAAAACACCUUCGUCGCACUGCAAUUACUCGGCCGAUUCUUACAAGGCAUGGAUGGGGUGCCCCUAAAGUUGAACGCAGCAGACAACUCUUGGCAUCGCGCCCGAGCCCUACUCGAAGAUUAUCGGCAGGCACAGCGUUGAUUUUCGAUGGCGUACAAUGGGGAGGAAUGACUUCUCCAGAAGGCCGUGAAGCUAGUCCGCGGUCUAUGAGUACCAAGCUGGAAGAGGUGUGAUACAAACAGCGACUCGUUUGAGUGCCUUUCCUGCAUUUGCUCGACUUGCUGGGCUUUGCUUCUCAAGAGGAGCAUAUCGCGUCGUAUGGUGGGGAUGUUCUCCACGUCAAGAGUUCCGCGGGUUGUUUUUCAGCACCUUGAUAAUAUAUGACAAAUGAAUCCAAUCUUUGACAGGGUGGUUUCCAAAUACACUUUGUUCAUAAUCUAUUCAGAAUGCCCCUUGGCUAUCGUUUUUGCCCAUAAUAAGAUCAGACAACAAAGA